CAGCCAGGCGGCUCAGCGGGUGGGAGCUCUGGCGUGCAGGCAAGCGGCGGACGCUGCGCCGGCUCCACAGCCAGGCGGGCGCCAUCGUCUCGUAUGCCGAGGUGUGGCGGAGCACCCUGCACCACAUUUCAGGUCACUUUGGAACAGGAAUCCAGGCCUACUUCAUCUUCCUGCGUUUCUUGGUGCUGAUGAAUUUGGUCGCCUCGCUCCUGGUAGUGGGCUUUGUGGUGGCACCAAAUGCAGCGUUUGAGGCCCUGCAGUUGAAUCGGACACAUCAGAGUAACAGCAGUUUGGUGAAUGCAUCAUGUCUGCAAUACAACCCCAUACCUCAGGGCUUGGUCAGCUACGUUUCCUACAUCAUGGAUCUUCUGUCAGGCAAGGGGUUUGUCGAGCUCACCUACCUGUUCUACGGCUACUAUCAAAAUUCAGCCGUCAAUUUUGCAGACUUCUCGUACAACACCCCCCUGGCCUAUCUGCUCACGGCGCUCUUCUACCUGCUCUUCUGUCUAGCGUGGAUUGUACAGAGGUCGAUCCAUUGUCUCAAGCGCAGCCUGGUUAGUGAAGACGCAUCCUUUGGCUCCUACAGCAACAAAGUCUUUGCUGGCUGGGACUUUGGCCUGAUGCAAGACAGGAUGGUGGAGCUGAGGCACAAGAGCAUUCGCUACGAGCUGCGGAUGGAUCUAGAGGAGGCAGCACUACAAAAGCUCCAGGCGGAGCGGACCACCACACAAAGAAUCAGCCUCUAUGUUGUUCGGGCCCUGAUCAACAUUGUGGUUUUGGGACUGCUGGGAGGAUCAUUUUAUUGCAUCUUCCUGGCAACAGGAUAUUCCCAGUCAUUGCUGGAAAAGGCAGAUUCCCCAGUCAAAGGUCAAUACUUCCUGGAAUUACUGGUGGCUUAUCUCCCAUCUGCUGUCAUCACAACAGCAAACCUCAUUGUCCCAUUGUUCUUUGGGAUCAUUGUUCGACUAGAGAAAUACCCACUCUGCUUUGAAAUCAAGAUCACACUCCUCAGGAGUGUCUUCCUCCGUCUUGCAAGCCUAGUGGUCGUGCUCAUCUCACUCUGGGCCCAGAUUACCUGUAACGGAGAUCCGCAGAAUUCACGCUGCCAGAAUUGCGGUUACGACAACCAGCUUCACCCGUGCUGGGAGACCUCAGUGGGACAGGAAAUGUACAAGCUGAUGAUCUUCGACGUGGUGAUCGUAUUACUUGUGAUAUUAUUUGUUGAGUUUCCAAGAAAGAUGAUGGUGACCUACUUUCCCUCCUGCCUUUUGCUAAAAUGGUGGGGGCAACAGGAGUUCAUGGUGCCCUCCAACGUCUUGGAUCUGGUGUAUGGCCAAACGCUGUGCUGGACUGGAGCUCUUUUCUGCCCUCUGCUGCCUGUGCUCAACACCUUCAAGUUCAUUGCCAUCUUCUAUCUGAAAAAGCUAUCCCUCUUCAGCAACUGCCGCCCAGCUGAAAAGACAUUCCGUGCCUCCAGCUCCAAUUUCUUCUUUCUUCUGGUUUUGCUCAUUGGUCUGGGGAUUUCUUUUGUUUCUACCCUAUACAGCAUUUUUGUCUUGCCCCCUUCAAAGGCUUGUGGCCCAUUCCGGGAUGAGCCCACCAUGUGGAACAUUGUUGUUGAGGCUGUGCUGAGGUUGCCCCACAGCAUCCGGGACUUCCUGCACUUCCUGGGUUCUUUAGCAUUUGCUGUGCCAUUGUUCCUGCUACUGAGGUGAAACAGACUGGGCGUCUCUGCUGGGUUGCUGGGUUAGGGGCUGGAGGACGGGGAGUGGGAGAGCUGUCUUUGGGGCCCAGGGCAGCCUUCCAACACAUGUGGGGCACACCCAGCUGGGGCAGG